AUGGCAGAACUCAACGAUGCGCUCACCCAUCUAGGGCCUGUGGACUGGAACGACGUGCCUCAGGACAAUCUCGAACAAUACCUCACAGACACCUUCGCUGCCGGCGAGCUGAUAUGCAACUCCGUACCGCAGGUCCCCGAAGGGACGCCCUUUCACGAUUCGAAGCCUCAUCACCAUGAACCGAACACGGCAAAGUCACAUAAAGAGAUGCACUCUUCCCAUGCUCGAGGUCAUCCUCCGCACGAAGAACACGCAAAGCUGGCGAAGCAAUGGGGCAAGCCUAUGAAGUUCAAGAAAGAGACGAACCCUUUGGACGUCUCCCUAUACAAGAUGGCAGGCCACGACCGACACGGAGCAUGGUUCGCACGAAGAAGUGUACAUGAAGGACUAGGCUUCGACAAGUUCAAGCGUGCCAUGUUGCGCGAGUUCCCGCAAUCUCUCUCGGUCGAAGGAGGACCAGGAGCUGGAGCGAUUCGAGGCCUGGCCGCUGAUCGGCGGCUAGAGCGGAUCGAUGUGAAAGGUGUGGGAAAGCUUGAGGUAUACCAGCUGAGCUCAGUGUUCCCUGGUCCAGUGACACCCAGAGACUUUGUGACAUUGCUGCUGAGCAGUGAUGGCGUUCUCACGGAUAAGAGUGCUGCUGAGCUUGAAGGAGGCAAGAGGCACGUGCCGAGACACUUCAUGCUCAUAUCGAAACCUGUUCAGCAUCCUGAUGCGCCCGCCCGCUCGGGUCUGGUGCGAGGUCAAUAUGAAUCGGUGGAGCUCAUUCGUGAGGUCCCACUUGCGCCGUCGAAAUCGAAGUCUACUCCUAACCUGCUGUCGAGCAAUGGAACUUCAGAACAGCACACACGAGAGCGCGGCCAUACUGUAGGCACUGCGAAUGUAAAGGGAGCAAGUGCAUCGGAUCAGCAUCUGGACGUUCCUGGCUCCUCAGGCGAAGGCGAUCCGGAGCUCAAUCCAGUGGAGUGGAUCAUGAUAACACGAUCAGAUCCAGGUGGCGGCCUGCCUCGAUUCCUGGUGGAGAGGGGUACGCCAGAGCCUAUGAUUCAGGAUGUACACAAGUUCUUUGACUGGGCAUGCAGUCUGGAUCACAGACCACAUCCGGAUGAAGGCUUCGAAGAACAGGAGAAGGAGUCCAUAUCCAAUGCACACACAACGGACCAAGUUUCCACGCAGACGACAUCGUACACACCAAAUGGGGAUAAUCAGGAAGAAAGCAAGCUAGCGCCACCAAUUCGGUCGGCGACAGGCCCAGUACCACGACCAAAUUCGCAAGGCGGCAUCUUCAACAACAUCACGAGAGCCAUCGGGACAGGCAUAGAUACAUAUGCGCCAGCGGCUGUUGCUGUUGCUGAUAGAGUCAGCCCUUACCUCAAUUCCGGUGAGGUUGAUUCGUCUGACGAUUCAUCCGAUACUUCUUCUGUCGACUCGUUCAUGUCCGCGGAAGAAAUGCGCAGGAUUUCCACCGCCCCAGAAGAGCCCAAGCGACCUACCGACUCAACGGACGUGCUGAGCAUAGCGAGUGCCGACCUGUCCGACUUGCCUAAGGACACGAAAGACAUGAGCCACCACGAGAAGGAAGUCUACAAGAUCACGCAGAAACGCGAGCGACUCGAGCAGCAGCUUGCAAGAAAGCGUAUGGAACAAGAACAGAAGCUGAAACAGACUCAAGAAAAAGGAGAGUCAGAAAGCUCCAAGCAGAAGGAAGAGAUGGAGAAGAAGCUCAAGAAGACUGAAGAGAAGCACAAGAGAGAGUUGGAGAAGCUGGAGCAGAAGAAGGCCAAAGAGCUACGCAAAGUGGAAGACAAACGAAAGAAGAAAGACGAGCAACAUAAGUUAUCGCUGGUCACACGAGAACGCGAUGAGUUCAGGUCGCAAGUUGAUCUCUAUAGAAGAGAGAACAGCCUGCUGCAGGAACAAGUUGCUGACCUUCAAAAGCAGAAUACGCUGAUGGCGCAGAAGCUUCAGCCUGAGGCGUUGCAGAGUGUCAAGGAGGAAUUUGGGCGCAACAGAAAAGGCAGCAUGAGGAGCACCAAUAGUGCGGCGAGCUCGAGGAGUAAUGAGAGGAAGAUCGAUGCGGUCUCAUAG